AUGAAGAUGUCAGUAACCCUCCGUCAACAUUUUUGGAAGACGAAGCUGUGCCCCCUUCAUAUGGAAAACCGGUGUAAGGAAGGAAGUAACUGUGACUAUGCUCAUUCGAUUGAAGAUUUGCGGUCAAUUCCAGAUUUGAAAAGAACUAAGUUAUGUUACAAACUGCUAAAAGGAGAAGAAUGUUUUAAUAAAAAAUGUAAUUAUGCCCAUAACCAGGAGGAAUUAAAAUCUGCGCAGAAUUUAUUUGCGUACAAAUCUUCCAUGUGUAAGUUUGUUGCAAAUAAGACUUGCUUGAACGGAUCAACGUGUCGUUUUGCCCACACCAUUGAUGAAUUGAGGGUGCCAAGGAUACCAGAAAUUCUGCUAGAAAAAACAAAUGUGGAUAGAGUAGAAGGAGUGGACGAAGAAACCGACCUCGUGCUUUUCGAAAGUGGAGGAAAUAUUAUAUGUGAAGCCAGCGGCGAUGUGAACUGCACAGGGAAAGACGAUGCUGGAGGUGGCGGCAAGGAAAAUUUGGUAAACGAAAUGGAAAAUAACUUCACUAACAGCUUGGCAAACAGUUUGUCAAAGAACUUGGUAAGAAGCUUCAACAAAAAUGGCAGCAGAAAUGGCAAUCGAAAUGGUAACAGAAAUGCCAACAGAAAUGGCAACAGGAAUGGCAACAGGAAUGAUAACAGGAAUGAUAACAAAAAUGGCAACAGGAGUAGCCACCAGAAUGGCCUCCACGAUGGCAACAAAAACUUCACCCAAAGCUUCGACUUGAUGCUGACCAACUUCAACUCGAUGCAAAUAGCGCAGAAGGAACACAGUCACAACAACACAUACGGCUGCUUGGGCCAGAACAGAAAGAACGGAGUAAAUCAUCCCAGAGAUGAAAGGAAAAGACGCGAUAGAAACAGAAACAGGAAUAAAGAAAAACAGUUAAAGUUAAAAGUGAAGAAUUCAAAUUAUGUAAAGAAUUACGAACAGGGCAGUGCCAACAAUAAUAAAGAAGUGAUGAAUAGCUUUGCUCCGUCUUGCAAUAAAAAAAAGUAUGUCGAGGAGAGGGACAGAUUUUACGACAGCAACACAACGAUCUCGUCAAGUUUGAACUGCACAGAGGAGGGAAAGAAUGACCAAGUGAAUACUGAGGGCUAUGUCAGUAACACGUUUGAGAAGGUUGACAUGAAUGAGUGCUAUGUGAAAACGGAAGAGAGCAUCGGGGGGGGCUCGGGCGGGGAAGCAGAGAUGGGCGUAAAGGGCGGUGAGAGCGGAAGCGCCACCAGAAACGCGAUCAGAUGCGCAGUCGACAGUGCAGUGGAGGGUACAGCGGAAGGUGCAGACGGAAGAGCAGAGGGCGACGCAGAGCACGGUGGGGAGCCCGGCACGGAAAACCUUGUUGAAACGCGCGAUAACAAAAGCAAAGUUAAAAGGAGAAAUGAUCCCAAGAGUCACCCUGUGCAGAAAAAUGCUCCCAAUAGUUACCCUGCGCAGAAAAGUGCUCCCAAGAGUCCCCCUGUACAGAAAAAUCACCCCAAAUGCGACAUCGCCAGUGGAAGCGCAGAACACCAGACCAACAACCAACACAUAAGGAAUGGUCAAACGAAUGAACCAAAUUAUAUCAACUACAACUACGACUAUAACAAUUAUGUGAACCCAGUAGUCUACAAUAAAAUGAUGCAAAUGAAGUACAAUACAUAUAGCCCCUAUUUUAAUUAUAACCAGCCAAAUAAUAAUGCAUGCAAAUAUGAUGCUGGCGCCAUGUCUAGUCCUUACCCACCUUUUGCCAAGCCGAACGAAUUUUUUAUGUACGAUCAUCAAAGUAAUGUGCUCCAUAUGACACCAAAUUAUUAUGGCAAUUGCUUAUAUUUUUACGCAAAUCCGUAUAGUUAUGGGCAGUGUCCCAUGGUGAAUAAAAUGGAGGGUGGCGAUAACGGGGCUCGAGAAAAUUUCAGCUGUAUAGCGGAUCAGACCAAGGGCGCCGUUAAGAGUACAGGAGAACUACUGGCAUUUAACGAGGGUGAUGAUAGCGAUGUAAAUGCGAAAAUCCAGGGGGAGAAGGACGACCCAGAGGAGAUAACACCACCGGAGGAGCUAACCUCAUCGGAGGAGCUAACCCCGUCGGAGCAGCUAACCUCAUCGGAGGAAUUAUCCCCAUCGCCGGAGCUAUCCCCAACGGAGGACGUGCCAGACGCGGAGGAGUCCCUAAAUGACAGGCAGAAGGCCGAACACGAGGUGAGCAGCGACGGCGGGGAAGAAGUUUCAUAUGAAGCAGAUCGGCUAAACGGACAACAGGAAGGGACUACUGAUGGGGAAAAUAAACAGGCAGACGAAAUCAAGCUCGGGAAAAUAACAAAACAGAAGGGACACACACAUCAGUGCAGCGUUACAGAAUUGAAAGCAAAAAGUGAGCGCGAACAGGCACAUAUGAACAUGCGCGUACGAAAUGAUUAUAGUAAAAAAAGCAACAACUCCUUGGUGGGAACAAACGAAUGGAACAAAUAUCCAAGUGGGAACUUCACAGAAGAACAAAUGAAGAAGGCAAAGGGGAACAGCAAGCAAAAGAAAAAAAAAUUAUCCAAGUUGCUUUCGCUAAACAAUGCAAACAAGAUCUGCAGGAGGGACGUAUGCGUAAGUAAUGAGAACACCGUUGGGGGAAACACAAAGAGAAGCAACAAACAGAUCGACAGCGCGAUGUAUGGUAGCAGUGGAAACCUUGGCAAUGCCCCCAAUGUUAUGAAAUAUCCUAAAAAUGCACAGCUUCAAUAUAAUGGUCAGGUGAAUUCUUCAUCCGUGUACAGCUACAUAUUACACGCAAACAAUGCAGAAAGCGCAAACUGCGAGAAGAGGUUUAUGAAGCCGCCUCCAAAUGACAUGGACCUGUAUAUGAACAAUCACUACCACAUGAACCAGCUGGCCAACGAGCAGAUGAUGUUCAAUUUAAACGGUCGGAACUAUGGUUACUAUUACUGCCCGUACGCGCCCCCCGCGGCGGCCUACACUGAUGAGGUUUACUUGAAUUAG